CAGACAUACCAUACAGUUAUAGACACGAAACCUUGAAUUUGAUUCAUUUUGACAUAUCUUUCAAUAAAAUCUCAUAAAUUACACACAAAUAUAUAUGAAUUGGCAUUAAUUAUCUUUGAGUGAGAUUUCAAAAAUGGCUGACAAAUCAGAGUUUGUGUCACUUGAAGACAGUCUCCAGAGGAAUGUUAGCUCACGAGAAGAACUCAAAGAAGUUAAACGACUUUUAUAUGGCAAGGAAUUGACCGAACUCAAGAUUCCUUCGGAAGCGUUGGAGAUAUCAAAGAAAAAGUCGUUUGAGAUUAAAGGGUAUGUCUUCAGCGCCCAAAGCGAACAAACCCGGAAACCUGCUCAACAUAAGUCUUAUUCUAACAAAACGGGUGUUGACGUGGCCAUCAGCUCGUCUCCCUACGCGAUGCCCUUCGCCUUCUGCACCCGCGAGAGGUUGCCGUGGAUUGAGUUGGCGGAGAGCGCUGAGACCGGACCCACCACUACAUUCUUGCAAGAGAUCGCUAGAAUGAAUGAUAUGGUAAUAGUGUCACCAAUUCUGGAAAGGGAUGAAACUCAUGGCGAUAUCCUAUGGAAUACAGCAGUCGUUAUUUCAAACUCGGGUCAAGUAUUAGGGAAAUCGCGAAAGAAUCACAUCCCACGUGUUGGAGACUUUAAUGAGAAUCUAUUGCUAUAA